ACCAAAAGGCCUCCUGGGAUUAAAAAAUAAAUAAAUAAAUACAAUAUAAAUAUAGGACAAAACACACAUCACAACACUACAUAAAGAGAGGCCUAAGACAACAACUUAGCAAGGCAGCAACACAUGACAACACAACAUGGUAGCAGCACAAAACAUGGUACAAACAUUAUUGGGCACAGACAACAGCACAAAGGGCAAGAAGAGAGAGAGAACAAUACAUCAUACAAAGCAUAUACCGGGGUUCUAAUUACGUUGGUAACCAUUUUAUAAUAGCAAUAAGGCAUCCUGGAGGUUUGUGGUAUAUGGCCAAUAAACCACAGCUAAUGAAUGUAACCAGGCACACUAUGUUGCGUCAUGCUUAAGAACAACCCUUAGCCGUGAUAUAUUGGCCAUAUACCAUACCUCCUCUGGCCUUAUUGCUAAAUCAUAGCAGUCAAAACGAGUUAAAUUCAUCCAUUGAUGAAAAAUGAUCUGUCAAGUUUAAUAACGGAAAAUUAUAUUUUGUCUUCCGAAAUUUACCAAUUCCUUUUAUGUCAUGUCAUAGCUAACAAUAAUUAUUAACUUGAGGAAAAACGAAUUUUGCUUCUAAUGUCGAUACAACGAUAACAUUAUGGAAAAGUGCUUUUAUUGUAUAAAUAUGGCUACUCUUCUCUUGCGCGGGUUUUGUGUUGUCAUUGUAAUAGACAUUUGAGCUAGACCUGGCAACCUGCUUAUCAUAAAUCCCAUUCGAGCAAGCGUCCGUCUGUAUUUAUAGGCCAUUUUGUAGCGGGGCAUCAAGCAAAGAAACAUUUAAUAGUUGCAUAGAUCUCCAUGCACCAUGAGGAGUGCUGAGGUGAAGAAACUGAAAGUGAACGAGCUGAAAGAGGAGCUGCGUCGGCGAUCCCUGGACACCAAGGGGCUGAAGGCUGACCUGGUGGAGCGGCUCAAGGCGGCUCUGGAGGCGGAAGCUGCGGAGCCCGGGGGAGCUGCAAGGGGGACACCGGAGCAGGAGUCGGAGCCGGAGCAGGAGCCUGAGCAGGAGCAGCGGGGAGAUGGAGAGGAAGGACUCUCAGCCGGGUUGUUGGGGGAUAAAGGAUUCCCGAACAAAGAUUCUCUAGACAUUGGUGCAGGAGGAGCCCCUGAGGAGGAGAGCAGGGGGGUGGAGAGAGAAGGGUCGUCUGAUUCUGAUCUGGGCUUCAGCGUGCCUGUCUUCACUGCAGACGUCUCUCUCCCUGUCCCUGUUUUCAAGACAGAGGAGACCAAAUUAGCCCUGGCAGAGCAGCGGCAGGGGCAGUCUGAGAGGAAGCAAGAGUAUGAAGUGAAGGUGGAGGUGAAGAAAGAGGACGAGGAGAAAAAGGAGGAAGAGCAGCAACGUGAUCAGGAGCAGCCAGACCUGCAGCCGCAGGCAGGGGUGGGGCCAACCGACAAAUGGGAGGAGAAGGCGGAGCAGAAGGCGGAGCAAACCAAGAUGGAGGAGGGAGACAGACAGGAGGGAGACAGACAGGAGGGAGACAGACAGGAGGGAGACAGGCAGGAGGGAGACAGGCAGGAGGGAGACAGGCAGGAGGGAGACAGGCAGGAGGGAGACCGGCAGGAGGGAGACCGGCAGGAGGGAGACCGGCAGGAGGGAGACCGACAGGAGGGAGACCGGCAGGAGGGAGACCGUCAGGAGGGAGACCGACAGGAGGGAGACCGACAGGGACGCAAGAGACCACAUGACGAGGACCGGGGCAAUGGCUACUACGAGCACCGUGAUGACAAGAGGUCCCGGUCGCCCCAGCCCCCUGCUGAAGAUGAGGACGAGGACUUUGAUGACACUUUGGUGGCUCUGGACACAUAUAACUGUGACCUCCACUUCAAGGUGUCUCGUGAUCAUUACAGCGGCUACCCCCUGACCGUGGAGGGCUUUGCCUACCUCUGGGCCGGAGCUCGAGCAUCCUACGGAGUCAGCAAAGGGAAAGUCUGCUACGAGAUGAAGAUCAUUGAGGAGAUAGCUGUGAAGCACCUCCCGUCCUCUGAGCCUGAUCCCCAUGUGGUCCGGAUAGGAUGGUCCCUGGACUCCUGCAGCACACAGCUGGGCGAGGAAGCGUUUUCGUUUGGAUACGGAGGAACAGGAAAAAAAUCCUCUGACUGUAAGUUUGAAGACUACGGAGAGAAGUUUGGAGAGAAUGAUGUCAUCGGCUGUUUCAUUGACUUUGACACUGGCGGUGAGGAGGUGGAGAUAGCGUUCUCUAAGAACGGGGUGUGGCUAGACGUGGGGUUCCGGGUGUCGAGGGAGGAGCUGGCGGGGCGCCCCCUGUUCCCCCACGUCCUUGUGAAGAACUGUGCCAUCGAGUUUAACUUUGGCCAGAAGGAGGAGCCCUUCCACUCCCCUCCGGAAGGGUUCAGGUUCAUCCAGACUCUGGGUAUUGAAGACAGGACCAGGGGGGCUGUAGGACCAGCCAGCAAAGCUGACUGUGAGAUCCUCAUGAUGGUGGGUCUGCCAGCCUGUGGUAAGACCACUUGGGCCUCAAAACAUAGUGAGAGUCACCCUGAGAAGAAAUACAACACCCUGGGAACUAACGCCAUCAUGGAGAAGAUGAAGGUGAUGGGUCUUCGUCGUCAGAAGAACUACUCUGGUCGUUGGGAAGUUCUGAUCCAACAGGCCACUCAGUGUCUCAACCGCCUCAUCCAGAUCGCCGCGCGCAAGAGACGCAACUAUAUCCUGGACCAGACAAAUGUAUAUGGAUCAGCCCAGAGACGAAAAAUGCGUCCUUUUGAGGGGUUUCAGCGCAAGGCUAUUGUAAUAUGUCCCACGGAGGAGGACUUUAAAGAGCGAACGUUAAGACAAACUGAUGAACAGGGGAAGGAUGUGCCAGAUCAGGCUGUGUUAGAAAUGAAAGCCAACUUCUUGCUCCCUGAGCCGAGUGACUUCCUGGAGGAGGUGGUUUUUGUGGAGCUGCAGCGGGAAGAUGCUUACAAGCUGGUGAAGGGAUACAACGAGGAGGGACGCGAGGCCGGCCCACCCCCCGACAAACGCAACCGUCCGGGAGGGUUCCGUGGCAACGGCGGAGGCUACCAGCGCUAUGACGACCGUGGCGGGCCUCGCGGCGGUGAAGGAUACCAGAGCAGAGACGCAGGGGGAUACAGAAGGGGUAAGGAAGGAACAGACUCCUCCUCAGGCAACAACCGUGGCGGCUACAACGGUAACCGCUGGGGUGGGAACGGUCGUGAGGCGGGGUCGGCCCCGAGGGGAGGGUACAACCGCCCGGCGCCCUACAGCAAGGGGGGAUACAACCAGAGCUACACCCCCAGCAGCUAUAAUCAAGGCAACUACCAACAGGGUUACAACUACAGUCAGUACCCAGGAUACAGCCAAACUCAGAGUUACAGCGAGACUACGCCAGCUACCGCAGGACAGACCUACAGCCAAACUCAGAGUUACAGCGAGACUACGCCAGCUACCGCAGGACAGACCUACAGCCAAACUCAGAGUUACAACCAGCAGUACCAGCAGUAUGCCCAGCAGUGGCAGCAGUACUACCAGAACCAGUCUCAGUGGAACCAGUACUACGGCCAGUAUGGGAACUAUGCUGCGCAGGGGCAGGGUCAACAAGGUCAGGGUUCACAGGGGCAGGGAGGUCAUGGGGCAUCAGGUUCCUCCCAGUAACCUCUGACCUCUAACCUCUACAGCAGGGGUCAACGAAAGGCGGUUUAUGGCUCACAAUAAAAUGAAUUGUUCCCACCAAAAAA